GACAGCUCGCCCUUUUCGGUCGGUGUUGCAGGGCCGCCGGGUGUGCGUCUUUCCGCCGCCAUGAGGAUUUACAAGUGUAUUGUUUCGGGAGAUGAGAUGUUCUCCGACAUCUAUAAGAUCAGCGAAGACCCGAAGGGUAUCAUCUACGAGGUGGAGGGGAAGCUUGUUUCCAGAACAGAAGGAGGGAUUGAUGACUCUUUAAUUGGUGGCAAUGCUUCCCAAGAAUGUCCGACUGAACAGUCUGAGAAUUUAACUGUCAGUGGUGUUGACAUUGUAUUGAAUCACCAUCUCAAAGAAGUUUCUUUCAAGAAAAAUGAAUAUAGAACUUACAUAAAGGAGUACAUGAAACGCCUGAAAGACAAAAUUCAAAAGGAAAACCCAGAUGCAGUGCAAGAUUUUACUAACAAUGCUCAAGCUGUUGUUGCAGAUAUUCUAAAAAAAUUUGGAGACUAUCAGUUUUACACAGGUGAGAGUAUGAACUGUGAUGGCAUAGUUGGAUUAUUAGAUUACCGUGCUGAUGAUACUCCAUAUAUGGUUUUCUUCAAGGAUGGUUUGGAAAUUGAGAAAUGCUAAAUCUGCUUGCAAUUCAUCAUGUUGAAUUCAUCAAUCACAAUGACCUAAUGUUCAUGUUACCUGCAAUAAACUUGGAACUGGUAUCACUGAGCUGAUUCAUUAUUGGAAAAGAACAUUGUUUUAACUGAGUUGUAAUAAAGUGCAUUAAUCCCCUUAAUGCCUGAUUUACAUUGCUGAUACAGACUGCUUCUGGAAUUGGUUGCAUUGUUCCUAAUGUGGAAAUGUUGGAUCUUUUGCAUCUGACCCAUAUCAGGUGCUGGUUAGUGAUGUAAUUCCCAGGCUCUAUUGCAUGAUGCCCAUGAAAUCCUCAAUUUGUGGAUAUGGAUAGCACAAAAACUCUUGGGGGAAGGGGGGAAAUGAAGCUUUGGGUUUAAAUUAAUAGGAUCUGGGCAAGUUGUAAAUACAAGUGUGAUUGUUUCAAUAAAUGUCUUGGUGUUGUCCAGUCAA